CUCCCAGCAACGACAGACCUGACAAUGAAUGGAAUCAGCCUGGCUAAAGAUCCCGACUCGACGGCACCGUCACUGGCAGACUUUCACGAUGCAUUCCAGGUUGUGUUCAUUGAUCCGUCUGGACACCUCAACAUGUGUGCGGACAUGACGGCCUGCACCUACCAGCAGCUGCAGCAUGAGGCCUCGGUGUCCAUGCAGUUCUGGGACGACCCCAUGGUGGAUGGUUUCCACAGCCUUCUCAUGACUCCUAAACCUAUGAUAAGGACCAGUGACCACAUCUUCCAAUUGUGUGAACUCGUCAAGCUGCAGUCCAGCUGUAAGAAGCUGAACUUGCUCAGUGAGCUGAUGGACCAUAGUGGAAAUUAUGUGCACACGGUGCUCCCGUUUAUACUGUCGCUGCUUCAGAGGGGACUUGGACAAAGGAUCAUCCUCCUCACCCACUCACUUUCCCCUGAGCCUGAG